AACUGAAAAACUGGUAAUUUAGUUUCAGUUGGAGAGAAAUGAAGGCGCUAGGCAUUGUUGUCGUUGGCGGUGCUCCAAUGCUAUGGUCAAGCGUUCGUAACCGUCGUUUUUGCGUUUCAUUAUCUUCUUCUUCGUCAUCGGGGUCCAAAACGGUAGAGCAAGUGGGAAUUGCAGCUCCGAAGAGUGAAUACAAACCCGGUGUGUUUGAUGACAUAUUUCUGAAUUUGUUCCGCAAGAAAUUGGUGCAGGAGGUGGGGUGGGACUCAAAGAAAGCGGGAUAUGAUGGACUAAUUGAAGUUGCGAAUCGUCUAAUGAUGAAGGGAACUACGAAUUCUGAUACCAUUGAAGCUGCGGUUCGAAUAUUGAGGUCUCUGUUUCCUCCAUUCCUUUUGGAGCUCUAUAAAUCGCUCAUAGCUCCUAUAGGAGGAGGCAAAAUUGCUGCUACGAUGGUUGCAAGGGUUACUGCACUGACUUGUCAAUGGCUCAUGGGCUCAUGCAAAGUCAAUUCUGUAGACCUACCGGAUGGAACCUCAUGCAGUAGUGGGGUGUACGUGGAAAGAUGCAAGUAUCUGGAGGAAAGUAAGUGUGUUGGUAUUUGCAUCAACACCUGUAAGUUUCCGACACAGACCUUCUUCAAGGAUCAUAUGGGGGUUCCAUUACUUAUGGAGCCUAACUUUGCCGAUUACAGCUGUCAGUUCAAAUUUGGAGUUCAUCCCCCACUGCCUAAAGAUGACACGGUCCUGCAGGAGCCUUGUUUGGAAGCAUGUCCAAAUGCUGCCCAACGAAGAGCGGUUGCCAGAAAUAUAGAUAGAACUGCGUGCCCAAAAACAUGAAAUUGAUUGGGGUUUGGACAACAUUGAUUGUGUACACUUUCCAAAAUACAUUCUGGCCCCAACAUGUAUAUGAAGAUGGAACUAAAGCCUGAGGGUACAUUUGAGAGUUGAGUUUAGGAAAGGAAAGGGAAGGGAGGAGUUAGGAGAAUUUAAUUGUUGUUUGGGAAUUAAUUAAUUUGAAGAAAGGUUAGGAAGUUUUUCUAAACCUUCUAAAAUCUUUGUAACUUUGAUAGCUUUCCUAUUUUAGAGUUUUUUUUAAU